UAAUCCACCAAUCCAAUUAGAGCUAAAAGGAUAUUUUAGUUGAAAUAUUGGAUUGAACUAAAAGAUUUGGAUAAUAAUUGCCAGUCUAGUGUUAGCUAGCUGGGUUGGGCGGACCACCUCCAGUUUUUUUACAUUAAAUUACCUUUGGUCGUUUGAAUGAGAUUUGAAACUUGAGAGACUUGUGCUCAACUUUUUCCGGGUCAGAUCCGAUCCUUAAGCUUCAUUGCUUAAGGUGAUACUUAAACGAUUUUUAUUUGCUGAUAGUAGAUUAAGUAGUUAAUGAAGAGUUAGUAGUUAAUAGUAGUUAAGAGUAAAUGAGAUAUUAUACAAAUAUAAUUAAUAUUACUCAUUCAUGAUUCUCUUUCUCUCUCUCUUGAUCUUCUCCAUAAUCCUCUCUCUCCACCACAAUUAAAGGAAAUUUGAAAGUAAUUUAAUUAAAUAUUAUUAUUUAAUAUUUAAUAAAUCCGAACUUAAUAUUUUUAUUUUUUAAAAUGGAAAUUGAAAAUUAGAAAUAUAUGCUCUCUCUCAUUUUGUGGUAACGUGCGAUGCGAGGAGCUAGGGGGAAUCAUACCUAAGUGAGUUCCCAACUUGUAGUUAGUAGAGUAGUUAGUAGAGUAGUUUAGUAAAUCAAUCCUUAAUCUAGUUUGCUAGAUAAUGAACUGAAGCUGAGUAAUAAUAACUCUAGGGACCCGUGGAUUCGAUAUUUAUUACUUGUGCCACUAUACUGCAGUCUCUUUCAUGGGUUACACUUGGCCAUUGUUAGGUGUUGUGUUUUGGAGUGUCAAGUUUUUGGCGCCGUUGCCGGGGACUUUCUAGAUUAUUAGGAAAGGCGGAAGUUUGUUACUUUGGCGUUUUUCUUUUGUUUUCCGCCCUUGCUUUUCACUUGGGUGUUUUUUUGUUUUUGUUGGUGCAGAUCUGAAUCAUGGACCCUCAUGGCUUCUCCAACCAUUGGGGGUAUCCACCACCAUCCGAGUGGUAUUACCCCGAGACUCCCUGGAGUAACCAAGGAGGAGAAGACUAUGGAGUCGGGUUUCAGUACCAACCCCCCUACUACGAAGAACAAUCAGACCCCUGGGUAUUUCAAGAACAAUCUCCUUAUCAAGAAGAAUUCCUCCCACAACAAGAAGGACCAUCAGAUAUUGGGUUUGCCACAGCCUUCACGGACGAUCCGGCAGAGCCAUGCUACACUCCACAGCCGGAUCCAAACUAUCACUUGAGGCUUCUCAUGGAGCAGAUUGCUCGAGUACCUGAGAGAUCCUUUCCCGAGAUGGAUCCUCAUAUCCAGGCCAUUUCCCAAACUGACUUCUCAUUUUCCCGUGAAACAGAGGAUACCCUUCGGAGCAUAAAGGAGCACAUAGAGGUCAUUGAGAAAGCCUGUUCACAGUUUUCUCAAGACAACCUUUAUGCUGCCAUACAAGUAGAGGUGGAGGAAGAAGAAGGCAAUCAUGAGGAUGUUGAGGAGCAUACAGAAGUUGUCAAGGAAAGCUCCCAUGAUAAUCAUGAUCAAGUGUAUCCUCUGGUGGUAGAUCACAACUUUCCCCAUUUCCGCUCUGACAUGCUGGGCCCAAGCGAGGAGAUGCAAGCUGAACUUAUUGAGAACCUUGCAUGGCGACUUGCUCUCCAAUCAGUUAUGGAAGAAGAAGAGAGAGAAAGGGUGAGGAAAGAAGUUGUGGAGGAUGAGGAAGAAAGCAAAGAAGAGGUAGUUCUUGAUCUUUUCCGAGGAGAGAGACCACAUUUUUGAAGAAGGAAGGGGGGUUGAAGAAGCGAGUCGCCAUGCAAGGUUCUCAAGACAAACUUAGUGAGAUUUUAGCCUUUCUUAAAGGAGAAACGUCGGAUAAAGAAAAGCGGGCCAAAAUUUUUCAAAGCAAGGAAGGGGAAGGAGAAGGUCCAAGCGAUCGCCUUGCUCGAUAGCCCCAGCCUAAGUGAGGGUGAGGAGCCCAAUGAAGAGAAAUGUAUGGAGUUGGAUCUUGACUUCCUUGAAAAACAUAUGAGACCGUCCUAUGCCAAAUGGCCUAGUGUUCUUCAUAAUUCGCUCGCCAAGAGGCUAUUCAAAACAUAGGUCUUGCCCAAAAUUUCAUCAUUGAGACUACCUACCUACAGCAAAAGCACUGAUUCAUCCGAUCCCCUAAACAUUUUGUAUUGACAAAUGCUACUCAUAAACGCCUCUAACAUGGAUUUGUGCAAUUCCCGUCAAGUUCAAUGGGCAUCACGUAGCCUGGUACAUCUCACUCCUAGAAAGAAUCAUCGAGAGCUCUAAGUAAUUAGCGAUUCUCAUUUCAUCCAAAUUUGCCUCACAAAUACGUCAGAGGCUAACAGUCUUGGACAUAAUCAGCUGAAAACAAGGGAGUGAAGAAUAGCUUGUUGGCUUCUGCGACAGGUGGAAUGCAAUUGUAUUUAAAAUCCAAGGCAUCUCGCUAGUGGUGGCCACAAGUAACCUUAGAAUGUUGACUCACAGUGACUACCACAAUUAAAUCCCGACUAGAGCUCAAGUAUAAACUCUAGUAGGGUGCAGUAUAGGGUAAGCGUUUUAAAAUGUCAACCCGUGCCGGUCCAUGUACUCCUACUUCAAGCUUUUAAAACAUUACCUAGUAAUAGAUUUUUAGUGAAAACUAAGGUCUAAAAUUUAAAACAUGCAGAAGGUAAAUGGUUUUGGAAUCUAUAUGAGAAAGCUUCACCUGGGUAUUGCUCCCCCUAGCUAUAUAUCAAGAUCGAUCGAAUAGAGUACCAAUGUGUAGGAGUGUGCUCAUACACCGCGAGGAGAGCGCAACUAGUGAAGAAACUUCACUAUCUCGGUCAAUAGGCCAAGGAAUGAAAAAUUAAGCUAAGGAAUUAGCUCUCUUGGCUGCUCAACCAAGGGUUGUUAAGGCUACUCCCUCGGAACUUAAUCCGGUUGGCAAAAUAACAACCAAAUCACAGUGUUAAAUCAAAACUUGAGGCUUGCCAUAAAUUUCCCUAGGCGGGAGACUCAAAUUUCCAAGAAACCCAACUUCUCAAAGCCUCUAGCAAACAAGGGGGUUUCUCUCUGCCUAGGUCCAAUUGGCAUGGUAAUGAGAAAUGAAGAACACAACUCGAUAAUUCUGUAAAUACCUCAAACUUUGCAUUAAACACAACCCACAUGCACAUAGCAUUCAAUUCAUACAAUCUAUCACAUAUCUAGAGCUAGGGUUUACAAUACCCAGGUGAAAAAGAGUACUACUCCAUAGCUAAACUAGGGAUUACAACAAAGUGAAGAGGAAGAACCAUGGUGCUGUGUGUGACUUUCUUGUUGUAGAAAUCACCGUUGGAAGGUGAAAAUCCUCAAUCCUCAAGCUUGGAGAAAACCCUAGAGCACUUAUUCUGUCUUGGUUUGUCGGUUUCUCUCUCUAAAAUUUGAAGAAGAAGAAGAAGAAAAAGAAAAUCUCUCUCUAGGCUCUCAUCUUCAAGUUUCAGCCCCAUCCUCCUUUUACACUUCACGAUCUCCGCAACACAUUAGAUGCUCUAAGGCAUGAUGAAGGGAGAUGGUCAGCAAGAAGAGACCAUUCUUGCUCCCGAUCUCUAAGGUGGAGAAGGUCAAAUAAUUAACAUUCAAACAUUAAUUUCGUCUGUGACUAAAUCGUCCCCCCCCCAUCGUCUAUGAUCAUCGUUUCCUAUAGUUCGUCAACAAAAACCUAUGAAUUCCAAUCGAAAUUUCCCCUUUCCUUAUCAUUCUCCAUUCUUAGAUCUUGCAUAACUAGUCAGGUCCGACCAUCGAAUUCCUAGGUUCCUUACUUAAUAGUUUGCCGAACAAGUUGAACUGUAGGAAUCAACAAGGAACCAAAUAUGGAGAGAGAAAAGACAGGGGAACCAGUUGGAGAUGAAGACUAGAUGCAGUGUUCGUCAACAAUAGGAAUUAAAACCAUAGUCUCCGAUUUUGCUAGGAAACAUCAAAAUCGAAAACAUACUCUUACAAGUUUGAAGUUGAAUCGAAUCUUUGUACCAGGAUUGGCACACUCUUAACCUGGAUCCAAGCUCGAUCCUCGAUGGCGACGUAGCUUUAGAUCUCGCAGGGCUUGUCGCUUAUGCCAUUUCAUAGGGGGACUUGCUCUCAUGGUUAGAACUAAUUCAUUUUCCAGUUUUGAGGGUUUGCAUAAAUAGAUUCCGAUUUGCAGGCGCACUAGGAGAGGAGGGACUUGCGACAAGGGAAGGAUAACGAUGUCGACGGCUGAACAAUCAUUGGUUGCGGCUUAUGAAGUGCAGAGAAAUUUUAUCAAGUUGUCGAGGAUGAGAGGGGAUGGGAGAGUGAGAAGAAGAUAAGGAAGGGUUUUUGUUUUUCGUUUUGUUUUGUUUAGGCUUUUUUUUUUUUUUUUUUUUGCAUAGAUAGAGUUCAAAAUAGAUAUUAACAGCUCAC